UCGCUUUUCACCUCAGAGAUCCCGCUAGAUGCCUACUAGGUGUCAUUCGUUGUUUUCCUUACACCGAUAAUGACUGCUGUGACCUCAAGUUCAACGACUCUUAUUUUGACGACGUAAGAACUGCCAUGUUGACAUCCUCGCAGAAAGCACUAGCAGUAGCCCAGUCAGUCAGUGUUGUGUCUGCGGAACAGUAAAUAAAGGUGCUCACAUUUUGCUGUUAGUGAGUGUAUUCAAUUCCAGUUCUGUCUUGGACUACUGUCAUAAAUUACUAAUGCGAAUUUUCGGCAGCGUUUUGUUAACUGCCAGUCAACAAUUGUGUUAGCUAGCUAGCUAACGUUAAAUUAGCGUGUGGGCAUGUGUGACGUUACUUAACAACUUUAUUCUGUGACACCACCCAGGUGAGGAAGAGCUGUAAAGUAAUGUCAAGCCGGUUAGCUCUUCAUUUUGGGUGUAGAAGAUUAAACCUCCUCCAUGGCUGGCUGCAGCGACAGCAGAUGUUGUCGAUGUGCAACGUUUCUGAUGCACAAGGCGCCUACAUUCAAGGACAGAGCCCCGAACCUCGGGUGCGGGAGUACUUCUACUACCUAGACCACCAGGGACAGCUGUUUCUGGACGACACAAAGGUCAAGAACUUCAUCACCUGUUUCAAAGAUCAGCACUUCCUGGUGUUCUUCUUCAGUCGUCUGCGUGUGAACCACUCGGGCCGCUACGACCAGCUCUUUCCCUACGUGUCGCCGUGUGGACGCGAACGCAACUUCCUGCGCUGCGAUGACCAGCCCGUCGUCUUCACUCACCUGCUGCCGUCGCCAUCCUCCAGCCCAGGCCCCGCCCCUCUGCUGAUGUCGUACUGCGGGGGCGGGGCCAAGCUAGCCGUGGAGUUCCGCCCGGAGGGGCGCCAGAUCGCGGCUCGCCAGCGCGUCUCUACCACCAGCCAGAGGGCCGGCGGCGUGGGCCUGGUGCUCCGCGACGCCCACGAGCUCAGCGCCAGCUUCCUGUACCGCGGCGACACGCCCACGCACUUCCUGUGGGAGGGGCACAAGUACGAGCUGACCAAUGAGCUCGCAGAACACUUACGCUCAGACGAGGCUGGGGAAGAGGGAGGCAACUGACUGAUAUGAAAUGACUGUGUGUGUGUGUGUGUGUGUGUGUGUGUGUGUGUGUGUGUGUGCGCUUCAUUAGUGUGUGUGUGUGUGUGUGUGUGUGUGUGUGUGCGUGCGCUUCAUUAGUGUAUGUGUGUGUGUGCAUGCAUUUUGUGUGUGAAUUUUACUGCUUCUCAUCCUGCUGUAAUAACUAAGUUGAAUCAGUAAAAUAUCUGGCCUAUC